AUGUCCAAAGCCCGACGCUCCGCCGGUCCCCAACGCCUCAUAUUCUGGUUUAACGGCGGGCCCGGAUGUAGCAGCUUCGAUGGAAGUCUGAUGGAAGUCGGACCCUUCCGUACCGUCCCCGCCUCUGAAACCACAUCCGGCAAAGUGGAAGUCAAGUUGGUAGAAGGCGGGUGGGAAGAGUUUGCGACCGUGGUGUUUGUGGACCAGCCGCCGGGGACUGGGUUCAGUUAUGUCCCUACAAAUGGGCAUUUACAUGAUUUUGACGAGUUAUCCGCGCACUUGAUCCAAUUCCUUCAAAACUUCUAUACCGUCUUCCCCGAGUUGUCCGGUAUCGACACCUACCUCGCAGGCGAAUCGUUCGCCGGGCAGUACAUCCCCUUCUUUGCCGAUGCCCUCCUCAAAACACCUCUCUUACCCCAUUUCCCUCUGAAAGGUAUCGCCAUAGGAAACGGCUGGAUCGACCCUAUAGAGCAGUACCCUGGUUAUGCGGAUUUCGCUUAUGAAAAGGGUUUGAUCAAGGAGGGGAGCGCGGAAGCGGAUGUGUUGGAAGCUGCAUUGGCAAAGUGUAGGGAAGAGAUGGAAAAGUAUAAGGAUCCGUUUACGACGCCGGUGAAUAUCAACAACUGUGGGGAGGUUAUGGACGCCGUUUCGGACCCUUUUACUCAAACAUUGAAUGGGAAGAAGGUGUGUAUGAAUGUGUAUGAUGUGAGGUUGGUGGACGACUGGCCGGCUUGUGGUAUGAACUGGCCCCCAGAUUUGUCGGACGUCUACGACUUUCUCCGCCAAGACGAAGUCAUCUCUGCCCUCCACGCUACGGCAAAAGAAACCGCCUGGGUCGAAUGUGAUACCAAAGUAUCCCACGAACUGCACCUCAAAAAUUCACAUGCCUCUUCCGCGCUCUUACCCGGCAUCUUGGAAGCGGGCGUGCCGGUGAUGCUAUUCGCAGGAGCAGAGGAUUUGAUCUGUAAUUAUAAAGGUAUCGAGAGGAUCGUUGGGUCUUUGGAAUGGCAUGGCGAGAAAGGUUUCGGGAACGCGACGAGCCAAGAAUGGUACCUCAACGACACCCUCGUAGGCAGCUGGCAAUCCUCCCGCAACCUCACCUACACCAAAGUCGACGCUUCCUCCCACAUGGUCGGAUUCGACGUACCGCAAGUCACCAACGACAUGAUCAUGCGCUUCAUGGACGUCGACAUCUCGCUCUUACCCGGGGGUAUCGCGCAGUGGGAGAGCCGAGUAGGAAGUGAUGAGCGCGUGGGACUGCAUCUUGGGGAAGGGAAAGAGGAUGGAGGGAUGGCGUUGAUAAAGGGCGGCAAGACGGAUUGGGAGGCGUGGUAUAACGCGGCAUCGGCGUUUAUCGUGCUUGGUGUCCUCGUCGGUAUCGUGGGGCUGUAUUUCUAUUUCAGAAAGAAGCCGCCUCAUCGCCGAGCUGGACGGAAAGGGUCCUAUAGACGAGAGAGGCAGUGGGAUAGGGGCAGGGAGGCAGAAGAAGGGGAUGCGGCGGAGAGGGUACCGCUGGGGAGUGAGAGGGUGGAGAUGGAGGAUAUAGAGAGGGCGGAGGGGUAUGAGUUCGAGGAGCGAGAGGGCUCGACGAGGUGGAAGGGGAAAGGAAAGGGGAAGGAGAAGGAGAGGGAAGAGGGCGAGGUGAUGUUUUCGUUGGGGGAGGAUGAGGAGGAUGAGCACAGGGAGAGGGUUGUAUAG